UGAAGAGCCCUUUUCCAAACACGCGUUGACAGCACAACACGUUUGCAAUUAAUUGACCGAUAAUUUGGUGUUUAAUUAAAUCGGCGUUUGAUUUGCACUUAACUUUUGGACACUUUUUUAUUUCGUGGACACCAUAACUGAACGCGUGAGACAUGUCUUCAUCUGCGGUACAAAACUUGGAAGCGUUGGCCAAAGAGUCGGUUUGGGACGAGAAGUACAGAUACGCCGACGCGGAGAGGGAUUACUUCUCACAAAGUGUGAGACAAUCACAGGAUGUGAUGACACAAUCGAGAGCACAGCCGACAGAUCAAACGGUCAAUGAAUUGAGUUCUUUGGUAUCGAAGUUAGAGUUGAGAGUGAUUUCAUUGGAGGGCUCAUCGAAGCCGAGUGCAGCCAAAACAGCCGCUCCGGCGCCCAAACCUGCUGUCAAUAACACCAAAAAGGAAGACAACGACGACUCAGACGUCGAUCUGUUUGGUUCCGAUGAGGACGAAGAGGCCGAUGAGGUCCGCAAGAAGAGACUCGAAGAUUACGCCAACAAAAAGGCUAAAAAGCCCGGAGUUGUUGCGAAGUCUAGCGUUGUGUUGGAUGUGAAGCCAUGGGAUGACGAGACAGAUAUGAAACAAAUGGAAGUGAAUGUUCGCAAAAUCGAAAUGGACGGACUCGUAUGGGGCGCCUCCAAAUUAGUGCCUCUCGCGUAUGGAAUCCAAAAGUUACAGAUUGUGAUUGUCAUCGAAGACGAUAAGGUGUCCGUCGAAGAACUCACCGAAAAGCUCGAAGCGCUCGAAGACUUUGUCCAGAGUGUAGACAUCGCGGCGUUCAAUAAGAUUUAAAUAAUCGGUUUAAUUAAAGGUUUUAGACAUUUAUUAAUAAUAAAAUGAAUUGAAGUUUUUAAUUAGUAAUCAAUUAA